UAGUUUGCCUUCAUUUAAGCACCAACCAACUUGGCUACCAAGAUGAAAAAUCCAGUGCUGACUUUGCUGUUUUUAUUCUGGGACAGAAUUUUAUAUUUUAUGACAUUUAAACCGAAUGCCCAAGAAUCUUCCAAAGAGGCUAAAAAUGCCAACAGUUAUGAAGUGUCUCUCUUAAAAAAUGGUGACCUUCUGGAAGUUCCAAGGACUCUAUUUGUUCAUUUUGGCAUUUAUUUGGGAGAUAACAAGGUUGCCCAUUUAAUGCCGGAUAUUCUUCCGGCUUUUACUUCAGACAAGUCUCACAUUCAGCAAGUUGUGACAAACAAAAGGCUUAUAAUGGGUGUCAUUGCUAAAAUGGCUAGUGUUAGAGUGGACUCUGUGCAGGAUUUCGCCUACGGUGGAACCAUCAUAAUUAACCACAUGGAUCACAGAGUUACCAGUAAGCCUCUACCUACUGAUGAAAUAGUGAAGCGAGCUGAGAAACUAGUUGGCGUUACAGAAUAUAGCCUCCUGUGGGACAACUGUGAGCAUUUUGUAAAUGACUGCAGAUAUGGCGUCCCUGUGAGCUUUCAGACUGAUCAGUUCUGUGAGACAGUAAAGAAGAUUAUUCGAGAUCGGAGAAGCAUUUUACUUUCUGCUGCUAUUGGGAUGGCAUCUGUACUUUGUAUGGGCUUUGGACUUUGCACCAUCCUUCCCAGUUUCUUCAUUACCUUUACAUUGUGGAUGGCCAGCUAACCAUACAGGACUGCAACAUACAAGCAAUGUCCAUGUUUCAGAGAGUAUAUAGUGGGCUGCCAGAAUAGUAUUGACUUAAAGGUCCUGUUGACAGUGCCUGGUCUUGUCCCACCCAAGCAAUACCAUAAUCAAUGUGUGGAAGAAAAGAGUACGACGUUCUGUGUACAAAAAUAGUUCACUCAUUCAGUGCUACCAUUACCAUGUUUAUCAUAUUUACAUUGGUUAAAUAUGAUCACUUUUUAAGCUAGUUGUCUUUUAUUUUAUUAGAAGUGAACAGUUCCAGUAUUAUUGGCAACAGCAAUACUGCUGACACUUUAACGCCACAGAACACCAUGUGAAAGAGAUAUACUGUAUAGUAUUAACUGCUAUGUUAUAUUGCUCUUUUUUUUAUCCGACACAGCUUUAUUAGUAUGGCCCACAAUCUGCUGCUUUUGUGAGUGACAGAGGCUUACAAACAGUACAGUCUGAGAACCUUAAAAAAAAGUGGGAAUUAAAGAUAAAUAAAUCAAAACCUGUUACAAAGCAAGCUGUUAGUGAGAGUUCCAGACAGUACUGAAUUAUACCUUAUGGACAAAGCCAAACCAUUUACAGCAUGUUUCUUUGAAAUGAAUUGCAUUUGGAUGUAUGUCUGUCUUUAUUUAUAGAGCACUACUGGUAUACACAGUAAUAAUGUACAGGGGACAAACACUGCAAUAAAUAAAUAUGUAUAUAUACAUACAA